GUGUUUGCGAGCUAGUCUCCCCAGAAUGACUCAAGGCAAUGUCGUAUCAGAGGACUUUGAUCCCUUCAAGGAAACUCCUGAGAAACCGAAAGAACAAAAGAGGAAGAAUUCACUGGAGAACGCAAAAACACCCAGAAACGAAAACCCACGGGUUGGAGAAAAUAGAAAGAACGAAAAAACCGCGAAAGAAGAGAGAAAAGACGAGGAAAAUAAAGCAAAGAAAAAACAUAAAAAGAAAAACAAGGAGAAGCACCUUUUGGAGUUUGCUAAUGAUAACCAGGAAGCAGACUUGCCAAGCCUCACAUCUGUAAAAGUUGAGCCUGAAGACGAAGAUUUCACCCCAAAGAAGAGCAAGAAGAAGAAACGAGCAAGGCAAGAGGAAACCGAAGAGGACGUUGCAUUCAAAUCAAAGAAAAUAAAGAUGGAAAAUGAUGAAGAUACACCUAAAGAGAGUGUUAAAAAACCCAAAGAAGAGAAAAAAAAGAUAAAGGAAGAACAAAAUGCAGACAGUAAGCCAAAAAAGAAAACCAAAGAAGAAAAGGAUGCAGCGGCCUCUCUCAAAAUAAAGAAGAAAGAGGAGGAAGAGCAAGCACGCUGGAGAUGGUGGGAAGAAGAAAAGUAUGAGGAUGGAAUAAAGUGGAAAUUUAUGGAACAUAAGGGCCCCAUCUUCGCUCCACCCUAUGAACCUUUGCCGCCGAAUGUGAAGUUUUACUACGACGGGAAACCAUUCCAAUUGAGUUUAGAAGCAGAAGAAGUGGCCAGUUUCUUUGCCAAGAUGUUGGACCACGACUAUACCACCAGGGACGUCUUCCGCAAUAACUUCUUUGGAGACUGGAGGAAGGAAAUGACAUUGGAGGAGAAAAUGUUUAUAACAGACCUUGCCAAAUGUGAUUUUAGCGAAAUGUUUGCCUAUUACAAAGGGGUAAUGGAGGAGAGGAAGAAUCGAACAAAAGAGGAGAAACUGAAACUGAAGGAAGAGAAUGAGAAAUUGCUGCAGGAGUAUGGAUUCUGUAUCAUGGACCAUCACCGAGAAAAGAUUGGGAACUUCAAGAUUGAGCCCCCAGGAUUGUUCCGUGGGAGAGGAGAUCAUCCCAAACAGGGGAUGCUGAAAAAGCGAAUCGUCCCAGAGGAUAUCAUUAUAAACUGCAGCAAGGAAGGUAAAAUCCCCGUACCCCCAGAGGGCCACAAGUGGAAAGAGGUCCGCCAUGAUAACACGGUUUCUUGGCUUGUUUCCUGGACAGAAAACGUGCAGGGAAUGGUGAAAUACAUCAUGCUGAACGCAAACUCUAAGCUGAAGGGUGAAAAAGACUGGGACAAAUAUGAAGUCGCCAGGAAACUGAAAUGUCACAUUCACAGAAUAAGGACAACGUACCACGAAAAUUUCAAGUCGAAGGAAAUGAAAGUGCGCCAGAGAGCGGUGGCCCUAUACUUCAUAGAUAAACUAGCUCUGAGAGCAGGUAACGAGAAGGAAGAAGGGGAGACUGCGGACACUGUGGGUUGCUGCUCCUUACGCGUGGAGCACAUUAAACUUUACCCAGAACUCGAUGGACAAAACCAUGUGGUCGAGUUUGAUUUCCUGGGUAAAGAUUGCAUCCGAUACUACAACAAAGUCCCCGUGGAAAAACAGGUGUUUAAAAACCUGAAGAUGUUUAUGGAGAACAAGCAGGAGGGAGACGAUCUGUUUGACAGACUCAAUGCUUCAGUGCUGAACAAACAUCUCCAAUUGCUGAUGGAUGGACUGACGGCCAAGGUUUUCAGGACCUACAACGCCUCUGUUACAUUGCAACAACAGCUUGAAGAGCUCACAGACCCCAAUGAGAGUGUCCCUGCCAAGAUUCUGUCCUAUAACCGGGCCAACAGAGCGGUUGCAGUUCUGUGCAACCAUCAGAGGGCACCACCAAAAACCUUUGAGCAAUCCAUGGCAAAUAUUAUGACAAAGAUUGAUGCCAAGAAAGAACAGAUUUUACUGGCAAAGAAAGAACUCAAGGAAGCCAAGAAGGAAGCUAAAGAGAAAGACAGUGAGAAACUGCAAAAGGUGGUGGAGCGCAAGAAACGAGCGGUUCAGAGAUCGGAGGAGCAGCUGAUGAGAUUGGAGGUGAACGCAACUGACCGAGAGGAAAAUAAGCAGAUUGCCCUGAGCACCUCCAAGUUAAACUAUCUGGACCCCAGAAUUUCUGUAGCCUGGUGUAAGAAGUGGAAUGUAAGUCUGGAAAAAAUCUACAACAAGACACUGAGAGACAAGUUUGCAUGGGCAAUCGAUAUGGCAGACACAGACUUUACUUUCUGACCCAACCCUGAUCACUAAGUCUUAUUUAUUUUAACAUUAACAUUGAUAUUUUAACAGUUCUGUAUCUGAUCUGUAACUACAACGUUGUCAUUUGCGGGCUCAGGAAUUUAACGUAUGUGUU